AUGCUGCCGAGGGCGGCGAUCAACGCAAACACCGAAGCCGCCGACGGCUCAGAGGCGCUGCGGGCGGCGCGGCGGCUGCGCGACGAGCUGGCGGAGCGUAAGGCGCGCAAGGUGGGCGAGGGCGGCUUCGGGCGCGUCUACCGCUGCGACGCGCUGCCGUCGCUUCCGCGCGUCGCUUGCGGGUUCGCCGUCAAGACGGCGCUGGUCGGUGUCGGCGCCCAAGGCCUCGCCGAGCUGCAGAGCGAGGUGCGCACGCUCAGCGCGGCAUGCCAACGGUCCUUGCUCCCUCUCCUCGGCGUCUGCUUGGCACCGGCGAGAGCGUGCCUCGUCUACCCCCUCUGCCGCGGCGGCAGCCUCGAGGACCGCCUCUAUCGCGCUCCAGCCGCGCUGCAGCGGCUCCGCAUGCUCGGCUUCGAGACGCCGCCUCCGCCGCUCUCCUCCGCCGCACGGCUCCGCGUGCUGCGCGACGCAGCGAGCGCGCUGCACUACUUGCACACGCUCUCUCCCAUGAUCCUGCACCGCGACGUCUCGGCGGGCAACAUCUUGCUCGACGAGCGCGGCAACGGCUACCUCGCCGACGUGGGCCUCGCGCGCGCGGCAGAGGCGACGGCCGGCGGCAAUGGACAGGUCUCGCACCUAUCGACGCAGCGCUUCGCAGCUCACUGA